AUGAUUCUGAGCAAGCAGACCUCUCCUCAGCUCAGCUCCCUGCCAUCAAAUCUACGAAACUUUCCUCCGCUCACAGGGUCCUCACUGAUACGGUCGCUGAGAAGUUCUCCGAUCGCCUCACAGAAAAAAAGCUCGAAAGGCUCGAAAAAAGUUUCAUCUUUUUUUAAGAAGAUUGGAUCGGAGUGUUCAGGUUUCCUAUAUCGCCUACGGGAUAUCUCGCACGACGCUCAUUCUGAAGACGAGGAGGUUGCUGAGUUGUUUGAAGAGAGUGGUCCUUUUGACAUCGAAAAACUCUCAAAAGUCGGCAGACUGCUCACAGAGGCCGAGGAACAGUUCUUGAAAGACUACAAAAAAUACAAAAACUUGAACAAAGUGUUUGAGAUGCAUCAACUUGAAAAUGGCACUGCUGGCAACAGCGAACAGGACAUCAAUGAUAUCGACCGCCUCAUGUACAAGGACAUGAAUAUGGUGAAGCUCAAGGACAACCUCGUUGCGCAGGUGCGUGCAACCUCCCAGUACAACUCGGAUUCUUCUACAGAAACACGCAUUAGUCCGGCAGAGCAGCAGUCGCUGAGCAUUGGCGAGGUUUUGUGGGAGUACAGACGAAGCAAGUGGCUCUCGUAUGGGCGAGUCAGUGAGGACCAGAUUAAAGAGAAAGUGAAUAAACGACGCGAGGAAGCCUCUAUCAAGCACAUUCCCAAGGAACUCUAUCCCAGAAUAUACACGAACUUGGUUGACAAGGGCAAAGCGUUGAAGGACGACAAGUGUAUCAAUUUGGAGGACUUGAUCGAGGUCAUUAACGAGGGCUGGAAAAAGGAAGAGAGGUGGACUCGUGCUGCGGAAGGGUUGCCAUAG